CCAAAAACAGCCACAAAGGCAAUGGUGGGCCUCACGCCCAAUUAUUAAGCCGAGGAGCAGUUGCACAUGUCACCUAACUUCAACAACUAUACACAAAUGAUCUCGACAAAUUAAUCAACCUGUCACUCUUCUCCUUAGCUUCCUCAAAUCAUCCCUUCCAAAUCCCAUUCUGUAAAUAGAUGAACCAGUCGCUGGCCACCGCCAAGAUGUGAAUUGUCUUCUUGUCUUGUUGCAACUCCUACCAGCUUUUACUGAAUUUUUGAGCUGUUUCCUUUUUGUCCGAACCAGAACAUCUCGGAUUUCCCGGAAGUCGGUUUCUCCAUUACGGCUUCUAAUUUCUACAAUUCUUUUUUUCUAUUGGGGUUUCUAGAAAAACAAACUCCUUUUUCUAAACAUAUAAACAAUCCCAAUUUCACUUUUCACAACCCACCAACUACUGCUUCUAAUUUUAUGCAGUUGGUGUCUGCAGAGCUGAGAGCUUCAAGAAAAUGGCUGCUUUGAGGUCUUCUUCUUCUUCUUCUUCUUCUUCUUCUUCUGUCCAAGAAACUGAAAAUCAUCAUCAUAAAGAAGAGACUACCGGCAAUCAGAAGGUUUAUGAGCUGUUGAUUCCUGGUUUGCCUGAUGAAAUAUCUGAGCUUUGUCUUCUUCAUCUUCCUUACCCAUACCAAGCAUUGGCGCGUUCUGUUUCUUCUUCCUGGAACAGAGCUAUUCAUGACCCCAGCUUUAGUGUCUCCAAGAAAUCUCUAUCCCUCUCUCUGCCUUACCUUUUCGUUUUUGCGUUCCGUAAAUCAACGUCUAGGAUUCAAUGGCAAGCUCUGGACCCUCGAUCCGGCCGUUGGUUUGUUUUGCCUCCUAUGCCUUGUCCCAAGUCCGUAUGUCCACCGGGGUUUGCUUGCGCCUCGUUGCCACAUCAAGGGAAGCUCUUCGUUUUUGGUGGUAUGCGGUCGGACACUGAAACUUCCAUGGAGACGACGUAUGUUUACCAUUCAUCAACAAAUCAGUGGUCCGUAGCGUCUCCCAUGCUAACCCCACGGUCAUACUUCGCCGUCGGGAGUGCAAAUGGUAAGAUCAUUGCUGUUGGAGGAAGUGCGUCCGGCAUUGGUGAUUCAAUCACAGCCGCUGAAUGCUACGACCCUGAAAAAGACGCGUGGACGCCUGUUGCUAAAAUGCGCACGGGGUUAUGUAGGUACGAUUCGGCUGUGGUGGGGAACAAGAUGUACGUGACGGAAGGGUGGACAUGGCCUUUCAUGUUUUCACCGAGGGGUGGCGUGUACGAACCAGAUAAAGACACGUGGCAAGAACUGAGAGAUGGGAUGAGAGAAGGGUGGACAGGAUUAAGUGUAGUAGUGGGUGAGAGAUUAUUCGUGAUAUCGGAGCACGGAGACUGUCCGAUGAAAGUGUACCUCCCUGAUACGGACGCGUGGAGGUACGUGGGAGGGGACAGGUUCCCACGAGAUGCAAUGCGGAGGCCAUUUGCUGUGAGCGGAGCAGAAGGAAAAGUGUACGUGGUGUCAUGUGGGCUUAAUGUGGCAAUUGGGAGAAUAUAUGAACCCAAAAAAGAAGAAUAUUGCGUGGAAUGGGAGGUCGUGACUGCCCCUAAGGCUUUUGCUGACUUUUCUCCUUCAAAUUGUCAGGUGCUUUUUGCGUAAUUUCCAUUCUUAUAUUCUCAGACUGGGAAUUAUUCAAUGAUCAUCAUUAUUAUUAUAAAAAAAAAUUAAAAUGUAUUAAAAUAUUAAAUUAUUCUUUGUCCCUAGCUUUAUACAACAUAACAAUAUGGUUUGGAUAGAUUUGUUUUGUUAGGCAAUAGGAGCAACUAUGGUUCACUUUUGUCUUAAAAUUACAGCUGGAGAGUGUCGUGUGAGUGAGAACAGAUCAGAUCAGAAAUUCUGUGGUUCUUAGUGUGAGGUGAGGCAUGCUUAGACGGUAUUUUAAUUUAUUUUUUUGAGUUUGUUUGGA